AUGGCAGAACCUGGGUCCCUGCCCACCGGCUUCGGGGAGCUGGAGGUGCUGGCUGUGGGGAUGGUGCUGCUGGUAGAAGCUCUCACCGGCCUCUGCCUCAAUAGCCUCACCAUCCUCUCUUUCUGCAAGACCCCGGAGCUGCGGACCCCCUCCCACCUGCUGGUGCUGAGCCUGGCUCUGGCGGACAGUGGGAUCAGCCUGAAUGCUCUCGUUGCGGCCACAUCCAGCCUCCUCCGUGUCUCCCACAGGCGCUGGCCCUAUGGUUCCAACGGCUGCCAGGCUCAUGGCUUCCAGGGCUUUGUGACGGCACUGGCCAGCAUCUGCAGCAGCGCAGCCAUCGCCUGGGGGCGCUAUCACCACUACUGCACACGAAGCCAACUGGCAUGGAACACGGCCAUCUCCUUGGUGAUAUGUGUGUGGCUGUCUUCUGCCUUCUGGGCAGCACUGCCCCUCCUGGGCUGGGGCCACUAUGACUAUGAGCCACUGGGGACAUGCUGCACCCUGGACUACUCCAGGGGGGACAGAAACUUCACCAGCUUCCUCUUCACCAUGGCUUUUUUCAACUUCUUCCUGCCUCUCUCCAUCACGUUCAUAUCCUAUCGGCUCAUGGAACAGAAACUCAGGAAAACUGGCCACCUCCAGGUGAACACCACUCUGCCAGCCAGGACGCUGCUGUUCGGCUGGGGCCCCUAUGCCCUCCUGUAUCUCUAUGCCACCAUCGCGGAUGUGAGCUCCAUCUCCCCCAAGCUGCAAAUGGUGCCAGCUCUUGUUGCCAAAACGGUGCCCACGAUCAAUGCCAUCAACUAUGCCCUGGGCAGUGAGAUGGUCCACAGGGGGAUCUGGCAGUGCCUCUCACCUCAGAGAAGCGGGCUGGACCGAGCACGGUGA